CCCCUGCUCCUGGUGGAGUGUCCGGUCGGGGUCACAGGGACGCCUACGCUUUGGCUGAUCAUGCUGUCCCGGGUGGUGCUUUCUGCCGCCGCCGCCGCAGCGGCCCCCUCCCUGAAGAACGCAGGCCUCCUGGGUCCAGGGGUAUUGCAGGCAACAAGGAUCUUUCACACAGGGAAACCGAGUCUGGCUCCUGUACCACCUCUCCCUGAACAUGGAGGAAAAGUUCGUCUUGGGCUGAUCCCCGAGGAAUUCUUCCAGUUCCUUUAUCCCAAAACAGGUGUAACAGGACCCUACAUGCUUGGAACGGGGCUGAUCUUAUACUGUCUGUCCAAAGAAAUAUAUGUGAUUACCCCAGAGACAUUCUCUUCCAUAUCAGUAGUAGGCUUACUUGUGUAUGUAAUUAAGAAAUAUGGUGCCUCAAUUGGAGAAUUUGCUGAUAAACUCAAUGAGCAAAAAAUCGCUCAACUAGAGGAGGUGAAGCAGGCUUCCAUCAAAGAAAUCCAGAAUGCGAUUGAGUCGGAGAAGGCACAGCAGGCUCUGGUUCAGAAACGCCACUACCUUUUUGAUGUCCAGAGGAAUAACAUUGCUAUGGCCUUGGAGCUGACUUACCGGGAACGGCUACAUAGGGUGUACAAGGAGGUGAAGAAUCGCCUGGACUAUCACAUCUCUGUCCAGAACAUGAUGCAGCGAAAGGAGCAAGAACACAUGAUCAACUGGGUGGAGCAGCGUGUGGUGCAGAGCAUCUCUGCCCAGCAGGAGAAGGAGACAAUUGCCAAGUGCAUCGCAGAUCUGAAACUGCUGGCCAAGAAGGCUCAAGCACAGCCAGUUCUGUAACGUGCCUGACCAGGCAAAACUGAAUGUGACUGUUGCUCUCUACUGAAGUCACAUCUUACCCUUCCUAGAGGUGAAAUUUGAGUUUCAUAAAAUGAGAAAUACUUUGGCCAGUGGUACAUUUCUCAUCCUUUGUUCUCUGUGUUUCAAGUUGACUGUAAUCACUUUUAAUGUGCAGUUUGCUUUUGGUAAAACGUGCUGCCUAACUGAAAAUUACCAGGUUAUAUUUUGAAUGUUUAAUUCAUUUUACCAUCCUGAAAUAAAAUGACAGUUAAAAUAUU